AUGGAAACGGAAGUCCAAGUUCACACUAUGGUGCGCCAUCCAAAUAUAACGCAGAUCAUAGCCGUUUCAAUAGAGAAGAACCAUAUAUAUAUAAUAUCAGAAUUUGUCGAUGGUGCCAAUCUCGAAGAAUUGUUGUUUGGAGAUGACGUCAAAACGAAAGAAAAUAUAGCAGAAAAGAAGCUAUACAUAGCAAAGCAGGUCACUCAAGCCGUCGCUUAUUUGCAUAAUCUUAAUCCUCCCAUCGUGCACCGUGAUAUCAAACCUGCUAACAUAAUUGUAGCUAAAGAUUCUUAAGUCACAAAGCUUUGCGAUAUGGGAUUAAGUAAACUGAAAUCUGCGACGAUGCAGGCAGUGACAGCAACAGGAGUUCCUGGCACUCCUCACUAUAUGGCCCCAGAAUGUAUUCUUCGCAAGAAUUCUGAUUUGAAUUCGGAUGUCUGGUCGCUUGCGUGCACAUUACUUGAACUACUUACAGACAAAGAUUGCUGGGAAGACCUUAUUGAAGAGUUCGAAGAUUCAGAUGAUAACUACGAAGUCAAUUCAUUGAUGGUUCGCUAUGCUUACACUGCAGCAAAUCUGGCUGGAUUGACGGUGUUUGCCAAAGAAUACCAGAGCCAAUGCCUGAUUAUGAAUCUACAAAAUACAAAUGCAAAAAAGCUAUUGCAUAAAAAGAAAAACAGAGUAAAAAGACAAAUGGAAGAGAAACAGAGUUACAAAGAUGUUGACUGGCUUGGCAAAGUUGAAGAUGGUACUAUAAACAAACUUCUUGUGAAAACUCUUGAUAAAUAUUUUGCCAAACACAAUAUGACGGGAUGUUUAAGUCUAAAAAAAAAGGCAAAGAUUCAGGCAAUUGCCAAGCAUGUUAGAUCACAAGGUUUAAUGGAGUAUGCUAAACUAGACAAUGACGAAGAGAUAGAUGAGGAGGAAAGUAGCGAUUCUGAGUCAUCUGAUGAUGGGAUGGAUGAGAUCAAACUAAAUUUAUACGAUAUGCAAAGUUGUGGCAAACCAUAUCAUUCGAUUUCUGCCGAGCUGAAAGCUUCACUCAUUAGAUCUGGAAGAGCGUUGACGCACCUCAUUGACCAUAAGUGGAGUAUUGAUGAGAUAAAGAAAGCACAGUCGAAACUUGAAGAUGUAUUUAAAGAUUUGGUUCAAAAGCAUUAG